CGCCGAAUCAGAUAUUGUUUAGGACAAAUUUCUUCCAUCAAACUCGAAUUGAAAUAGGAGACUUCUGCCGUGCCGCCCUUAGCCAACCGAGUCCGUAUAGGAGAACAAUUGUGACAACAAUCCCACAUCGAAAAUAUGCUUUCGACAGCUGCUUUGCCAACUCUAUAUAAACCCCAUGCUCGUAUUUAUUGAGCAUCAAUUCGUAGUAUUUGUAAGCCGUAUUGAGUCUACCUUUGCGGACUCGGAAGUAUUUAUGCGAAGAGACAGGCCAAUUGAGAAUAAAGACAUAGAGUUGUGGUAUACAUUAGGUUUCCAUCAUAUUCCAUGUCAAGAGGACUUCCCAAUUAUGCCAACAGUAUCAUCAAGUUUUGAGAUAAAGCCAGUGAAUUUCUUUGAGAGCUAUCCAAUUCUGAGGAUUCCACCUAAUUCUCCAAAUGACCUGCCAAUUUGCAAAGCUGCUGCUUCUGCUUGAUGAUCAGUUACACACUGAAUAGUGUUCUUUCUCUUGUCAAAUGUGCAUAAUAUGUAAAAAUGAACGCGAUAGACUUGGAUUCCGGGUACCUUAGUCUCAAAAUUUCAUGAAUAAAAAGUGAACUAGUUAGUUAAUUA